CCAGCGGAGGUGCGUCGUAGUCUCCCCCGACACCGCAGCGUACCGCAGAGCUAGUCAUGUCCGUGGCGUCUCCGGACAGUCCCGACAGUGGCAUCCUGCUGGACGAGGUCGACCCGCACCACCGGCCGGCCGUGUCAGGGAUCACCCACCGCAUGACGUCACUGGUCGCGCUCGGUGAGCGGGUUUCGGGCGCCUUCUGCGGCACCUCCGCCGUCGCCGCCGCCUCCUCCUCGGCAGACUGCAGACCACUCCCAACAGGGAGUAGCUGGAAGCUCCCCACCUACUGUCACGGUCAGUCCCGUGAGGCCCUAUCCGUCGACCGCAGCUCCCAACGACUCUGCAAGCGACUAGCGACGGCGCCUGCCGAGGCACCACUGUCAAAGAAGAAGCGCGCCGCGGCGGCUUGCGGGGACGCGUGGCGCCGGCGCCGAGAGAGCGCCAACUGCCGCGAGCGGCGGCGCAUGCAGCGGCUCAACGAGGCGUUCGACCUGCUGCGGGACCACCUGCCGCAGGGCGUCGACUGUCCGCUCUCCAAGCACGAGACGCUCCAGAUGGCCAUGGAGUACAUCUCGGCCCUGCAGGGUCAGCUGGCGUGACGCCCAGCGCUGUGAUGGUCUGGGUAUCCCGUACAAAGUGUUUGACGUGGCCGCUGCUGCGGUUAAGUGCGUGUGUACCUUCGACGGCUGUGCUUAGUUUGUAGAACCUUUUGUUUUAAGGGGCGAAUUGAAGCUGAUUGCGGGAAAGCCGCUGGCAUGCCGGCGCUAGCGAGACCAGUAUUGAGAGAGCCAGGACUGCGGCGCUUUUUGCAAUACAAUGCCGGAAAUAUGUGAAGUGCGUGUAGCUCACCGCUAAUACAGUUUGCAAUGUAUCAAAAUCGCAAACGACAUCGAUGACAGCAGCUUCAGGUGAUAAAAUACAUACGAUAGAAUCAGACACUUCAUCUGAUACAUUAUUACAAACACUGUAUCUAUUCCAAGCCACCAUAUGCAUGUUCAAAAAGCACAUGGAGCAGAGCGCUCCACGAGCCAAACGUUUUUGGGGCUAUCUGUGACGCGUUUGUGUCUGUCCGUGACGAGUUUGUGCCAAUCCGUGACGUGUUUGUGUUUGUCCGUGACGUGUUUGUGUCUUUC